AUGCAAUGUUUCUCUAGGGGCUACACUGCGUCAGACGCCCUUCUAGAGGCUCUUUGGGAUGCUGGUAUUCGAUACAUUUUUGCAAAUUUGGGCUCUGACCACCCAGCAAUUCUCGAGGCUUUCAUCAAGGCUCAGCAUGAGAAGAAUGGCCAGGUCCCCAAGAUCAUCACCUGUCCCAACGAGAUGGUCGCGCUCUCCAUGGCCGACGGAUAUGCUCGUCUUUCCAACAAGCCGCAGUGCGUCCUCAUUCACACCGACGUCGGUACCCAAGCUCUGGCUGCUGCCGUGCACAAUGCUUCGUGCGGUCGCGCCCCCGUGCUCAUCAUCGCGGGGCUCUCCCCCUUCACCAUGGAAGGAGAAAUGCGCGGAUCUCGCACCGAGUAUAUCCACUGGAUCCAAGAUGUUCCCGAUCAAAAGCAGAUAGUUUCCCAGUAUUGUCGCUACUCCACCGAGAUCAAAACUGGAAAAAACAUCAAGCAGGUUGUCAAUCGUGCUCUUCAGUUCGCCACCAGCGAUCCGACCGGCCCUUCCUACCUAGUUGCCGCAAGAGAGGUUCUAGAAGAGGAGAUUGAGCCUUACAAGAUCGAACAGAAACAGUGGGGUGCAGUUCGCGCUGCUGCUCUCCCCCCGGAAGCUGUCGCAACUAUCGCUACAGAGUUAGCUUCUGCCAAAGAGCCGCUUAUCAUCGUUGGAUACACUGGUCGCUAUGAGCAGGCCGUCACACAGCUUGUCCAGCUUGCAGACAACAUCAAGGGUGUUCGCGUUCUCGAGACCGGGGGUAGCGAUAUGUGCUUCCCUGCCAAUCACCCAAGUGCACUCGGACUGCGCCAUGGCGUCCAUGAUGCAAUUCAGACCGCGGAUGUCAUCCUGGUUGUCGACUGUGAUGUUCCCUGGAUCCCAACUCAAGUCAAGCCAACACCAUCUGCCAAGAUUUUCCACGUCGAUGUCGAUCCGCUCAAGCAACAGAUGCCGUUGUUCUACCUUAAGGCAUCGGAAACGUAUCGCGCAGACGCAACCACGGCCUUCAAGCAGUUGAAUGAAUACAUCUCUAGCAGUAAGAAGUUGACUGAAUUGUUGUCUGCUGAAGAGUAUACACUUCGUCGCGUCGCGAUCGAAGCCUCACACAAGGAGCGCAUCGAACUACUCGCUGAACAAGCCGCUAAACCUCAAGGAAUCAACUCGCCACUCAACCCGGCCUUCCUUUUCUCAGAGCUUCGUAAGGCGUGUCCUCCAGAUACCAUCUGGGCCAUGGAAGCCGUUACCCUUGCCGCAAUGGCGAACGAUCACAUCCAAGCGUCUCUUCCCAAGUCCUGGAUCAACUGCGGAGGCGGUGGUCUCGGUUGGUCCGGUGGCGGUGCACUCGGCGUCAAACUCGCAUCCGAUGACCAGCAUGGUGGCCCUGGAAAGGGUAAAUUCGUCUGCCACAUUGCUGGAGAUGGCGCGUAUCUAUUCACCGUUCCCAGUUCUGUCUACUGGAUUGCGCGUCGAUACAACAUCCCCAUUUUGACCAUCGUUUUGAAUAACAAGGGCUGGAACGCGCCUCGUCAUAGUUUGCUGCUCGUCCAUCCCAACGAAGGAGGUGCUCGUGUGACCAAUGAAGAAUUGAACAUUUCCUUUGCACCAACCCCUGACUAUGCAGGUAUUGCCAAGGCGGCUGCCGGGGGUGAGCUCUGGGCCGGACGUGCCGGGACAGUUGAAGAACUCGCGAAGGCUUUGCCCGAGGCAAUCAAAAGUGUUUUGAAUGGCAAGGGCGCCGUUCUGGAAGCUCAGUUGAAUGGAAAGGAAGGAAAAUACACUGGAUCUUCCGAUGCGACCGCCGUCCCCAACUAAGUAGAUAGCAAUGUUUUG